AUGUCAGCAAAAGCUCAUCCAGCUGGAUGUCCUUUCUUGCCAAUUGUGCAGAAAGCUCACCUAGCUGGACUAGCUUUCCUGAGAACUGUGUGGAAAGCUUGCUCAGCUGGACGAGCUUUCCUGCCAACUGUGCAGAAAUCGCACUCAGUUGGGUUUAUCUACACUCUCCUUGGCCUUGGUGUUACCCUGUGUUUGAUCACAUAUUCGGGGCACGUUGCUGGCUGUUGCCUAUAUCUUUACAUGACAUUAUUGUUUUUGCUUCUUAUGCUGGAGGCUGGAGUCACCACUGAUGUGUUUUUCAAUCAAGACUGGGAGGAGGACUUUCCAGUGGAACCAACUGAAAGUUUUAACAAGUUCGAAGAUUUUGUCCGGUCGAACUUCGAAUUUUGCAAGUGGAUAGGCUUGUCUGUUGUGUUCAUACAGGUAUGGGGAUUAUGUGUGGUAUCGGCAGUGCUACUUGAAGCUGUUGGACCAUAUCAAAAUUAUGAAAGUGACGAUAAUAUUGAUCCUGAGAGCAUGCCAUUACUAAAAAAUGAUGUUCACCCAACUUAUGUUGUUGGCAGGCCUGUUUCUGGAUCCAAAAGUAUUGCCUGA